AUGGCACCUCGAAAUGAGAAAAGCUCAUUGAAGCGCGGUAGGGUUAGUCUAGACAACGACUCGCAAGAUCAGAAGAAACCGCGACGCUCAGAGCGAAUAUCCUCUCAAUCCGGGGCCAAAGCUACUACGCCUGUCAACAAGACUUAUCUUCCGACUCCCUUGACUCAUCAUGACUCCACCACGGAUGUCCAGAAGGAAGUGACGGCAACACCGGCGGAAGGUUGUCAUACUCCAACUUCGGAUGAACAACCACCGGCAUUUUCAUCUCCACCUGGUGAUACCCAGACACUUUCUCAAUUCGUCUAUCCACCCCGAGGAUUUGCCGAUGAAGUCGAAGAUGAGGCUGCUGAGGGGGUUUGGGGGUAUUUAAUCCCUCUCGACGACAAAUUUGGGCAUGCACUCGUUUUGAAGAAACGGAGUAGCUGUGAGCCCACAGAGCCCGGAAGGUCAAGCGGAAGGAAUGGCAACCCAGCAAACAAGAGCGUGAAAAACAGUCAAAGAUCUGGAAAGACUACGGAGACCAAGAUCUCGCAAAACUUUCCUCCUAGUGGCUUCCUUAUUGGACGUCACCCUGAAUGCGACCUUGUUCUCAACAUCCCGACGAUAUCUAAUCGACAUUGUUUAAUAUUUAAUGAAACGAGAAACGGCGAUGCAGUGGCAAUCUUGGAAGACCUUUCAAGCAAUGGAACUUUCGUCAAUGAAGCUAUUGUUGGACGGAAUAAGAAUCGUGAGCUUGAAGACGGUGAUGAAGUUACCAUUGUUGAUGAGGCCCGUUUCGUUUUUCGGUACCCAAGGACAAGGGAGACAAGCGGGUUCCGUCAACAAUACCGGAUCCUUCAGCAGCUUGGAAAAGGCCAUUUUGCAACGGUCUACCUGUGCGUGGAGCGCGCUACAGGGACCAAAUAUGCCGUCAAAGUAUUCGAAAGACGCCAGAGUGAAUCGCAGAGAUCACAGACGGAUACUCUACAGCAGGAGAUUGCUCUUUUGAUGAGUGUCAAUCAUCCAAAUGUCCUAUGUCUGAAAGAUACGUUUGAUGAGCGCGACGGAGCUUACCUAGUGCUUGAGCUUGCCCCAGAAGGCGAACUGUUUAAUUACAUCGUCAGGAAUCAGAAACUUACGGAGAGCGAAACUCGCAAGGUGUUUAUCCAGCUUUUCGAGGGUCUGAAAUAUCUGCAUGAUCGGGGGAUUGUUCAUCGAGACAUCAAGCCUGAGAACAUCCUUCUCGUAGACAAGAACUUGAAUGUGAAAUUGGCGGACUUUGGCCUGGCGAAAAUCAUUGGGGAGGAUUCCUUCACGACAACAUUUAUCACUCUAGUUUCUAAUCAAGUAGAUGUCGCGCCGGAAAUUCUCGAGGAGUCUCGACAUCGAAGAUAUACGAAAGCUGUGGAUAUUUGGUCGCUUGGAGUGGUGCUGUAUAUUUGCCUCUGUGGGUUUCCGCCAUUCUCAGACGAGCUCUAUACUCCAGAGAAUCCAUACACUCUGGCCCAACAGAUCAAAAUGGGCCGCUUUGAUUACCCGUCUCCAUACUGGGAUUCAGUUCCCGAUGUGGCCUUAGAUUUAAUUGAUCGAAUGCUCACUGUCGACGUUACCAAACGGAUCACGGUGGACGAAUGUCUCGAACAUCCCUGGAUAACCGGCAAAUAUCCAAGCGUCACCGAUAGCACCGAUGGGUUGGUUGGGGCAAUGGGCCAAUUGGACUUUUCUAAACGCAAGGUCGAGCGGGAACGUACGCUGCUCAGCAGCAUCAACAAUGUCGAGGUCAGCGAGAUUGUUGAAGACGACAAUUCGCAGGUGAAGGUAUUUCGUAAGAAUGCAGCUGGCAAGCGGGUUCACAAUCAACCUGCCAAAAGGAGUGAGCAACGCGAACCCUCACCAGCCGCCAACCGUGCUCCGGAAGAGUUCAUCAACAUGGGGGGUCGUGGGGAUCCGAUCUUGUUCGACGACGAGUCGACCAGCCGCAAUGUACCGACCGACCUGCCACAUAAUGUCCAGCAGAAGAAGUGA